AUGGACUCAUUAGCCAAUGGAUUCCUCCCCGUACAACAUCUUGUCGGCGCAGUCGCUAUCGUUACCGGAGGCUCCAAUGGCAUCGGAGCCCAGACCGUCAAACUCCUCUCUUCCCUCGGAUCAAAUGUGAUAAUAGCAGACCUCGCGUGUACGGCUGGGGAUGCCGAAGACCUCAUUGCCUCCCUGUCACACCCCGAAACCGCCAUGUUCUUCCCCACGAAUAUUCUCCGCUGGGGAGAAAUGAAGCUUCUCUUCAAACGAACCAUUGAGAACUUUGGCCGUGUAGAUAUUGUCAUCGCCAAUGCUGGGACAAUGGAAAGCGAAAGCGUGUUUGAUCUAGGAGCAGUCGACAGCGAGGGAGAACUGCGGGAAUCAACCGAGGGAUUCGGAGUCUUGGAUGUCAACCUGAAGGGGACACUGAACACACUGAGGCUGGCGCUGUACCACAUGCAGCGAAAUAAGCCACGUGCCCAGGAUUCUUGUCGAGGAUCCGUCAUUCUCGUCACCUCGACCUCCGGAUACUUUGGCAGCAGCGGCGUCGGAGCUUAUGUUGCCUCGAAACACGGUCUGGUUGGUCUACUUCGGGCAUCUCAACUGACUGCACGGAGCAUCGGCGUGAAAGUGAAUGCUGUGGCCCCCUUCUACACUCCCACUCCGACAUUCUCGAAGCUUUCGGAUAAAUGGAGAGCUUCGGGGUUGAAGGCGAACACGAUUGACGACGUCGCAAAAGCGAUCGUACAGACUUGUCUAGCUUCGGCGAGUGGAAGAUGUGUUCUGGUAAGACCUAACCUCUUCUUGUCAUGGAAUCGGUGUUAA